ACGCAAAAAACUCAGUUAACCUUGUGUAGAGAGCCACAGUAGACGCGAGAAAUCGUAUAUGCAUAGGGGUGUGGGAUUGUCCACUAGUGAGGGGUAGUGGUUGCGAAUCUAUUGGAAGUAUAGGAAAGCCGAUGUCUUUUUUCAAACAAUUUUUCCGAAUGCUUCAUUAAUCGAAUCCACAAAUUAUUCGGAAAUUUUUAUCGCUCUUUUUUCCUGCAGGAUUUUCAAACAAUUAAAAUAAAGGAUCAUUUCGCCCCAGUGGUACAGUCCUCCUGAAUGGAACCAAUCAUAAAAUAGGCUUAGUGACAUAUCAUAAAUUACUAGGUAGAAUAAGGCGCUGCAUGCUAAACGAGAGUUUAAAAUGACGUCAUCUCUGGCCCACGGGUGAGGAAGGGAGGACGGCGUUUAUCGCCGCGGAGGGCCGGAAAUUCGUUUCGUCGAGAUUGAACGCCAGUCCAAUCAAUCGCUAGCCGGUGUUCUUUUUAACGGCAUUUCAAGACAGCCAAUGGACUGAAGCUGUCGGCGGAAAGGCUGAAAAGGGAAACCAAUAGAAAGGCAGAUAGGCUCAACAUGUAUCCAAUCUCAGCUCGCGAAUUGUAGAGCCUCUGCCAAUAGGGACAUAGUUAGCAGGAGGGUGGGAGGGGCCGGAUCUUUAGUGUACUGUUGCUAGGAGAGGGGUGGGGAGCCUCCUUUUGCUGAAAGGGGAGAGUGUGCGACUAUGCGGGGAUUGGGAGCCGCUGUGGGUCCCUGCUCCCCUCCAUCCGCCGUGUAACGCCUAAUGGCCCUCCUGAGUGUUUCCAAGAAAGGCCUGCAGUAUUUCUGCCACCACCCACUGCAUUAGGGCUCGCGUUCCGUCUCUGAGACACAACUACACAACUCAAAUUGUGUAGUAAUUGAAAGAGACCCAGUAAUUGUGGGUCUCUUUCCCGUCCCCUCUCACAAAAGCCCUCUUCCCAUGGUGAAGAGACCUGCGAGCCAUGGUGAAGCUGGUUGCCAAAUGCAUCGUGGCAGGUGAUUCAGCAGUAGGGAAGAGUGCCUUGGUCCAGAUGUUCUGCAAUGAUGGGGCUCAUUUCCAGAAAAACUAUACAUUGACAACAGGAGUAGAACUUCUAGUGAAGGCAGUGCCAAUUCCAGAAACUAGUGACACUGUGGAACUCUUCCUUUUUGACUCAGCAAGCAAAGAACUUUUCUCAGAGAUGCUAGAGAAACUGUGGGAACAGCCGAAUGCUGUAUGUAUUGUAUACGAUGUCACCAAUGAGCAGUCUUUUGGUAACUGUGAAAAGUGGCUAGAGAAGGUGAGGGCCCAAGUCUCUGGAAGGCAAAUUCCAGGUGUGCUGGUGGGCAAUAAGACAGAUUUAACUGAGAGGCGAGUUGUGGAGCAAAAACAAGCACAAGGAUGGGCAGAAAGCAAUGGCUUGGGAUACUGUGAGAUUUCAGUUAAGGAGAUGGAAAACUAUGAAGCUCCUUUUAAUAUUGUGGCAAAUUCCUUCCAUCAGCUAUACAAAGAGAAGGUGGAAGCUUUUCAUGCACUGGGCUCAGGGCAGGUCGUAACAUGCUGCAGAUAAAAUGAAGUCUAAAAAUAUCACAUUAUAAAACCUACAUGGCUCCAACAAUAUUAAUAUAUCCCAACAUAUGGAGAGUUUAGUACACUUACUAGAAGCCAAUCCAAAUAAAGGAGACUUAUGAAUUUCAGUGUAACAUUUGUAAAUGUUAACAAAAUAUAAGAAGGAUCAAUCUAAUAAAAGCAAUACUUGAGCAAUCUGAGCAGUGACAUGGGGUACAGCUUACCAAGAGUUUUGGCACAUAUCCAAUCCAUUAUGUUCUUUCAAGGACCCUUUCAUUUCAGUGCCGCUUAUGCAAGGGAUCUUCCAAGUGAAUCAUAUGCAGCUUUACACUGGCAAAAGCAACAAUCUGUUGAUUGAAGCUCCAUUUAGCACCAGCUUAUAUUUACUGAAAAAGGACUCUUCAGCAACUUGUGUAGAGUCCACUCUUUAAAGCAGAAGACUACGAAGUAAACUUAUUUUGCACAAGAUAUAUAAAGAUGAUAGUGCUUGGGCAGAUCUGUAAUGCUUGGUCAGAUCUGAAUUAUGAUUAUAUGAUGGAGUCAGACCUGCCAUCCAUCUCUAUUCUGCUGGAUUUUACCCCUUCUUUGACAUAGAUGGCCACCCCACCUCCAACGCGCCCUCCCUAUCCCUCCUAUAACGUUUAUACUAGCC